GGCUUCAUGAACCAGUGCAGGCAGGCUCUGCUGGUGGCCAGGUGAUCUAUUUGGUGCUGCUGUAUUAGCACCAGUUCUAGCACCUCUGAGAUUUUCGUGUUGUGGGUGGGGCGUUAGCUUAUUAGAUAGGGUUUUGUUGUGGAGGAGAGCAGGGGAAAGGGGUUUACAUUCGAGAUUAGAAAGUAUUGAAGCGAGGUGUGGAGAGGGUUUUAGGUAGGAUAUGGCGGCGACAUUGCGAAUCGGUUGUGUAAAAAGUCAUGCUGCAGCGUUUGAAGUGGGUAGUUUGUGUGGUGCGAGUGAGUGGGAGCCCCGGCACUCGGCUUCGUUUCGUGGUGUUCGGUUAGGCAAUGUGGUGCCGAAGACCGAUGCUAGGGCGGUUAGGCAGAGGGUCGGUGCUGCUAGGGCUGCGCUGAUGCAGGCUCCGUCGCUCCCCAUGCGCAGUCAUGCCACCAAGAUAAGAAAUUCGGUGGAAGCGGUGAAGAAUUUGAGGUUGAUAACUGCUGUCAAGACUCCUUACCUGCCAGAUGGGCGCUUUGAUUUGGAAGCCUAUGAUACGAUUGUUGACUUGCAAAUUGCAAACGGCGCUGAGGGUCUCAUUGUUGGAGGAACCACUGGAGAGGGUCAACUAAUGACUUGGGACGAACACAUAAUGCUCAUAGCUCAUACAGUCCAUAUCUUUGGUGAUGCAAUAAAAGUUAUUGGUAAUACCGGUAGUAACUCAACAAGAGAAGCCAUUCAUGCGACAGAACAGGGAUUUGGUGUUGGCAUGCAUGGAGCUCUUCACAUCAAUCCGUAUUAUGGCAAGACCUCUAACGAAGGCCUCAUCAAACACUUCGAAAGUGUAUUGGAAAUGGGUCCAACUAUCAUCUAUAACGUUCCUGGGCGUACAGGGCAGGAUAUUCCUCCGAGUGUAAUUGAGAGGAUUUCUGAUAAGCGCAACUUUGUAGGAAUCAAGGAGUGCGUGGGUAAUGACCGAGUCGGAGCCUACGUGAAGAAGGGAUUGACAAUAUGGAGCGGAAACGAUGAUCAGUUCCACGAUGCUAGGUGGGAUUACGGGGCACAGGGGGUCAUUUCUGUGGUGAGUAAUUUGAUCCCACAACUCGCUCAUAAAUUGCUCUUCGAGGGCAAGGACUCGGAACUUAACGAAAAGCUCCUACCUUUGAUCGACUGGUUGUUUGUGGAACCCAACCCAAUAGGAUUGAAUACAGCUCUAUGUCAGCUAGGCUUGAUUCGACCUGUAUUUCGUCUCCCCUACGUUCCCCUGGGUAAAGAGAAGCGCCGUGAAUUUGUUCAGAUGGUCAACCAAAUUGGCCGGCACCAUUUUGUCGGUGACAAAGAUGUGCAGGUUAUGGAAGACAACGACUUCUUGCUUCUGGAUCGGUUUUGAUAGAUCUGCUUUGAGAUGAAUCUCCACGCACAUGAUAGGUUCUGCCUCGGCGGUUCACGUUGUCUUGUAGUGGUAGAUGUGAAUCCGGAGUGUGUCUAUCACUCCCGAGCAUUUUUGGGAAGUGGUCUUGAUGUAAGACGUAGGCCAGAAUUUUUUAGAGCGUUUCUAGGUUCUCUUCUGUGUAUGAAAUAUGGAAUUUAGUUUGAGUUGGAAAAUGCCAAUCACAUAACAACUUCGCAUGGAAACUUUCAUUCAAGAUUUCGAA